AUGCUGUCGACGCUUCUGAGGCCUCGCAAGAGGCGCGCCGACAAGUCGCCCUUUUCGAGCCCCUUUAACAGUUCGCCUCUGGCUACGAGAAACGACUACGACGGUAUCAACGACAAUGGAGAUGCAGACGACUAUGACGAGGACGACGGUGGCGAAGAUGACUUGGAAACGCCGCUUUUGCCCAUCUUCUCGGCCGCGCAUCUGGACAAAUUGCCCCUGUACAACAUUACGCACUCCUGCCGUAUACUGAUAGUGCAGAAGUGCGAAACCACUCUUACCUGGGACCAGUUGCGAUCACCUCAGGUCUCUCAAUUCUUGGUCAAACCGAUCCAAUCGCAAAUUCGCAAAGAUCACUUCAACCGAGCAACGAUAUGCGCCCUCGUCGCAAACUGUUUACAGUUCCAGAAAGAGGCACAACAAGAUGCAGGGAAUGCUGGCGUGAGCAAGACACGAGCAAUGGUGUCGGAGUUGCUGGCCAUUCGCCUGCUGAAAGAAUUCAGUCUGCGUGAGUUGAUCGAUGCGCUGAGCUACGACUUCAACCCGCUCGAAGGACUGGGUGCUCCCGAGGGGGGCGCUCAGUUGAGGCAGUACAACAGAUCUGCACGCAUCUCAGCUGUCGAGAUCGCCAUCCGCGCUCAGGCUAAGCGUUUCCUUGCCCACCCACUGGUCGUACAGCAGCUCGAGGCUAUUUGGGCGGGGAGCAUCGUCUUUCACUCCGCCGCCGACAAUCUCCACCGCAAGCCGCCAACACCACUACCCACUAGAGGCCGUAAUGGCUAUGGUACUAUUGCGAACGCUUCUGCUCCCCUGCCAGCCUCCAUCGACAACUCACAACCUAGUCUUAGACGAAGUGUCACCCUCUAUAACCCAAAGGAUGCCUCGCUAUUCAAGCUAUCUCGUUUGAGAGUCCCUCGAUACAGGCAGCUGUUUUCAACCAUCUCAUUUGGCGUCAUGCUGGGUUUGUUCUUGGCCGUCUUGGUUGAUCGGUCUACUGAAAUCACUCCUCUCGAGAUUAUUUUCUGGUUCUGGAGUGCGGGAUAUAUGCUCGACGAACUCGUAGGUUUCUCAGAGCAAGGCUUCGGCCUCUACAUUAUGAGCGUUUGGAACGCUUUUGAUUUGGGCAUCUUACUCUGUUUCUUCGCCUACUACGUAUUACGCCUCUAUGGUAUCCUGAUACCCGCAGCGCGCAAGCAUUAUACUGCGCAUAUGGCUUACGAUGUCCUGGCCUCUACUGCUGUACUGCUUUUCCCACGUGCAUUCAACGUCUUGGACCACUACAAGUACUUUUCCCAGCUGCUCAUUGCUUUCCGCCUCAUGGUCCAAGACAUGAUCGCGAUUUUGGUACUCAUCGUUAUCGCCUGUAGUGGUUUCUUCGUUGCCUUUACAUUGUCCUUCAGCGAAGAGAAGGCGGAGGCUUCCAAGGUUGCCUAUGCUCUGUUCCAACUUACGAUGGGUUUCACCCCUGCUGCUUGGGAUCUCUGGCCGAAGUAUAACAUAUUAGGAAAAGCUGUUCUUGUCGGCUUCCUCUUCCUCUGUCAUUUCCUCAUCGUCACGAUUCUCAUCACCGUUUUGACCAACUCGUUUAUGGCUAUUGUGCAGAAUGCCAAUGAGGAGCAUCAAUUCCUCUUCGCUGUAAACACAAUAUCUAUGGUCAAGUCAGACGCGCUAUUCUCGUACAUCCCACCGACGAACCUUUUCGGAUGGGUGGCCUCCCCUCUGCGCUACCUUAUCCCAUUCAGGAAAUUCGUCAGAUUCAACAGAACUAUCAUCAAGAUUACACAUCUUCCGAUGCUUUUCGCCAUCUUCGCCUACGAGCGAUUGUUCCUCGUACGGAACGCGUACACUCCCAUGGAUCUGGUUGAACGUAAGGCGCCGAGCAGAGGCCGCCUUCCUGCAUUCGCCUUGAAGAACACUGGACCUUUCAGCCCUGGUACACGACUUCGCGAACCAUCUAUUGUGUCUUUCCACAAGGAUCGUGCUCUAGAAGAAGUCUUCCGUCGGCCCUUCGAUAUGACGGCACGAACGAUAUCCCAACAUUCUAAUCCCGAUCAGCGUAAAGCUACUGUCGUCGAUAACUGGAUGCAAGAUAUGGGCGACGAAGGAGGUGCUAGUCCUCCUAUGGAACAGCCUCGCUCUGUCUUGGAGAGGCUGGAAAAUAGAAGGCCUGGUGUCAGAAGGGCCCAAACGUCUGCUAAUAGGAUCGUCACAGUCAAGCGCGACUUUUCUACAGCUUCUCGUUCUGUAAUGUCCGAUCCAGAAGAUUUGGCAUCAACAAUCUUCCCAAGGCCAACACCCAUGAGAAUUGAAGAAGAGACGGAUUUGGAGCUGGAGCGAGAAGAUAUGCCUCAGGAGACUGAUGCGGAUGGCGAUGACGAACUCCUCACGAAUGAUGGUGAUAACGUCACAGCUACUGGUUACGACAGAACGCCAACAGGGACUCCGGAUGGGGUUGAAAAAAAGGAGCCUUCGCCAAACAAGCUCACAGCAAAGGACUAUUUUGAGGGAGCUGACUAUCAGGCCGCAAGUUCGGUUCCAGAUGCUACAAGAGCACGACUUAUGAGUGGCGAGCACAAACGCGGGCCUCAUCAACGGAAUGUCUCGCAGAGCACUAUGGUAUUCUCUCCCAUCGUGGAGCAAGGAUACACAUCGUCUGCGUCAGAGAAACCAGUCAAGCCGUCUCGCCCUACUACUGCCAAACAGAACAGCGGAGACUCGACGCCAUUGCCUCAGUCAGCGCCUCAAUCCAGCGGUCGAAAAACACCACGUACGAGCAACCCCAGCAGACCACGUCCGAACAUGCCCAACCGACUUUCACAAUACACGGCCCCUAACAUCCGGUUCGAUCGCUUCGGUGACUCGACUCGUCGUGCGAACAGACAGCCAUCCUUCAACGCCCUCGCACUCGAUUUGGCGUCCGACUUUGGCGACCACCAUCGUCGAGAUCUGACUCCAGAGCCCUUGUCGCCAGGCUAUCAGCCUAGCAUUCCGGCAAGCUUCAGUGAGCAGAUGCUCCGCGAACGUGAGCUGGCACAAGGCAAGGAACGGCGCCGUGAGGAGCAACGACGCCGUAGCCAAGAGGAGGAGAAGGGCAUGGUCGGUAGAAUCAUGCUGACGCGCAUGAACACACUCGAAGAGGGCUUUAGGGAAAUCCUCCGCGAAGUACGCGAUCUUGCACAUACGUCACGUGGAACCAGUGAAGCAGGAAUGUUCAAUUCUAGAGCAUCACUGGUGGUACCGCCGUCGUCGGAUGGCAACGUACUCUCUAGACCCAAGACUCCUGUUAGCAGAGUAGGCGGUGCGAGUGAGAGGGCUAGAAGCCCGAAGAAGGCGAAGGGCAAGAACAAGAGCAAGGGCAAAUACUCGAUCAACAGUAGCAGUGAGGCUGAUCCUGUCAGUCCUUUGACGGCCGGUGAAGGUGUUUCUCAGGCCACUAGCCCGACAACCAAGGAACCUGAGACGCCUGCUACAGUGAAAGCGUUAUCGACACAUGCCGAGGAAGGAGCAAAUGAAGAGUCACUGGACACAGAAAAGUAG